AUGAGAGAUGAUGCUGUGGGAAAUGAUGCUGCGAGAGAUAGCGUGAGAAAUGAAGCUGUGGGAGAUGAUGCUGUGAGAGAUUAUGGAGAUGUUGCUGUGGGAGAUGGUGUGGGAGAUGAUGAUGCUGUGAGAGAUGAUGGAGAUGAUGCUGUGGGAGAUGAUUAUGUGGGAGAUGAUGCAGUGAGAGAUGAAGCUGUGGGAGAUGUUGCUUUGAGAGAUAAUGUGGGAGAUGAAGCUAUGGGAGAUAAUGCUGUGCUAAAUGAUGCUGUGGGAGAUGAUGAUGCUGUGAGAGAUGAUGCUGUGAGAGAUGAUGGAGAUGAUGCUGUGGGAGAUGAUGUGGGAGACGAUUCUAUGAGAGAUGAUGCUGUGGGAAAUAGCGUGAGAAAUGAAGCUGUGGCAGAUGAUGCUGUGAUAGAUAAUGUGGGAGAUGAAGCUGUGGGAGAUGAUGCUGUGCAAGAUGAUGCUGUGGGAGAUGAUGUUGUGAGAGAUAAUAUGAGAGAUGCUGCUGUGCAAGAUGAUGCUGUGAGAGAUGCUAUACGAGGUGAUGCGAUGGGAGACGAUGCAGUAGGAGAUGAUGAUGUGCGAGAUGAUGUUGUGGCAAAUGAUGCUGUGGCAGAUGACGCCAUGGGAGAUGAUGCUAUGGGAGAUGACGCUUUGCCAGAAGAUGCUGUUGGAGAUGACGCUGUGCGAGAAGAUGAUGUGAGAGAUGAUUUUUGA